ACGCUGAAGACGCAAAAUGUCAUCCCAGGUCUGUAACUAACCUUAGGGCCCAACCCCCUUCGGUGUAAACCUGCUGGCGCCUCACUCCCUACAGAGCCGCAAGGGCUGUUUCCUCCGACCAAAGACCAGCUUCGGUGGAAGGGCCCAGGGCGCAAGGUGCAGCUUCCCGGCAGGAAGGGGGCUGUCACAGCUGAGACGAAUCAGAGCCUUUCCAGACACUGGCUGCCCGUGUCCCGUGUGGAGCCUCCUCGGGCGCCGGCGGACGAGUCGGCCUGUCUAGCUGCUCUGUUGGGCAGAGUUUCAGAACGACAGGACCGAAGCCGGCCCGGGCUGAGCCGUCGAGUUGUGCCUGGGAUCCGAAGCGGGACGGGAGACAGCGGGGCUAGGACGGGGCCGAAGGCUCCCAGCCAGGGCCGCGGGGCUCUGCACUGAGGCGGGGCGUUGACCGUCUUCCUCCCCGAUGUGGAAGAGGGUGCGCCGGGUGCCAGGGUGCUUCAGGCCCGCCAGAGCUGGGGGGCGCUUCAGAGGGACCCCGCCAAGCCAGGGGAACGGGGAGGACAAGAGAGUUUCUCUCCCCGCCGGUGCUGGAGGCAGGACCUGGGCUAGAUGGGCCGCUGCUCCUCUGGCCCAGGGGGACAAUUCCUAGCUGCGGAUCUGUGAUGACUUUGAUCUCGGCCCAUGUGUAGCACGGACGCGGGGAAAUGUUAUUGUCGGCUUUGGGGCGGGGGGCCAAACGGGCGGUUCUCAGCUUCCCAGCGAACAUCAAAUCCCGCCCGCGGCUCGGAGGGCUGCCCGGGGCUUUGGAAAGAGACGUCGAUGUAUCCCAUGACUGAGGAUCUCUUGCGCCCACUGGCUAGGAGCUAGGAGCCAGCGCACACGGUCGCCGGCCCUGCCAGGUGGGCUCGCUGGCGGGUUUCCAAGCUGCUCCAGGUCUCUGGAGAACGCGGCUCCGCUUUGCAGCUCCUCCCCAAACCAACCAACCAACCGGCCGUGAGAGCAGGGGCCGCUAAUGGCCUCUCCCGAAGCCCCAGCUGACCGGGCUCAGUGCAGCUAACGCGCGCGGCUCCCCCGGGGGCCAGGCUCCGGCUCCGGCUCCGGCUCCGGGCGCCCGCAGGCUCGCUGUUCCUAACCCGGAGUGACAGAGCCCUUGAAUCUUUCAUCGUGUUCCCGCCGCUGCGCCAUCAACUCAGCCGGGCGUGAGCCGCACUCUGAAUUAUUUGGAGUCCGCUCCGGCGCCUCGCUCGCUCCGAAUCCGGCCGCCCCCGCGCCCUGCCCCGAGCGAGCCGCCCGGGGCGAAAGCCAGGCGGGGGAAGUAAUGGAAGUCGAUCGGCAGAAGAGCCUCGGCAAAGAACAGCUGCGAGCGAAUCCCCGGGCCCCAAACCUCUUCCUGCUUCGGAUCAAACGCGGAGCUUGGGCACAAGCUCCAGGCUUCCGGGAGAGCGCCUUCGCCUACGCCAUUGCGGCCGCCGGGGUGGUGCACGCCGUCUCCAACGCCUGCGCCCUCGGCAAGCUGCAGGCCUGCGGCUGCGACCAGAAGCGCCGGGGGGACGAGGAAGCCUUCCGCAUGAAGCUGCACCGGCUCCAGCUGGAGGCCAUGAACCGGGGCAAAGGGAUGGUGCACGGGGUCCGCCUGGAGCACAUGCCGGCCGAGGCCCCAGGGCUCCAGGACUCCUGGGAGUGGGGGGGCUGCAGCCCCGAUAUGGACUAUGGGGAGAAGUUUUCCAAGGAUUUCCUCGACUCCCGGGAAACCUACAGGGACAUCCACUCCCGCAUGAGGCUGCACAACAACCGUGUCGGCCGGCAGGUGGUGCUGGAUAACAUGCGGAGGAAAUGCAAGUGCCACGGCACCUCCGGCAGCUGCCAGCUGAAGACGUGCUGGCAGGUGACCCCCGAGUUCCGCCUGGUGGGCUCCCUGCUCAAGGACCGCUUCUCCGGGGCCACGCUGAUCCGGCCCCACAACAGGAACACGGGCCAGCUGGAGCCAGGCCCCGUGCGCCACCGGCGCCGAGCCAGCAUUGGCGACCUCAUCUACUUCGAGAAAUCGCCCGACUUCUGCGAGCGGGAGCCGGCCCUGGACUCCCUGGGCACCCAGGGCCGGCUGUGCAACAAGAGCAGCCCGGGCAUGGACAACUGCGAGAGCUUGUGCUGCGGGCGGGGCCACAACAUCCUGCGCCAGACCCGCAGCGAGCGUUGCCACUGCAGAUUCCACUGGUGCUGCUUCGUGGCCUGCGAGGACUGCCGCCGCACCGAGUGGGUCAGCGUCUGCAAGUGAGGCGGCCCGGAGCGGCUUCCCUUGGCCCCGGCCGGCGCCGCCCAGCCCAGUUAACGCUCCUUCCGCCCUCUCCGGGGCCGCGCCGGCCCCUGCCGCGGGGAGCGGUCAGACGACGGCCCGGGCAGACCCCGGCGCUGCUCCCGGACGGGGAGAGACCCCGCGCCGGGACCCGCAGGGCAACUCU